UGUUCAUGACCGAUAGGACAACGCACUACAUGUAGGCCCUAAGAUUUAAUUUUAAACUCUCGUUUGUCUCGUGACUCUUCAGCUCGUUAUCGUCUUGUAGUUCAGGUAUAUCCUUGAUUUUACCAAUCUUAUAUAAUUAUUUGUGAGGAUUUUUUAACCGUAAUUUAUCAAGUGUGUGUCCUGAAUAUUGUUCUUGUUGAUGACCUAGUUACUCGUCGGGCUCGGCAUUACCAAAAGUCCGAUCCUAAACACAACAGGCGUAAUGAUCCGUAAAUUCACCAGUAGCAGAAAGAUGUCCUCAAUAUCGUCUGCAUUACAUAAUGUUUUGGACAAAAUAGAAUCUGCCAAAGAGAAGAGAAAGACAGACAAUGGGGAGUUUCCAGUGACCUCCAGGCUGGUGGCGGUGUCUAAGACCAAGCCCCCCAGCUCUGUAGUGGAGGCCUACAAGUGUGGACAGAAGCACUUUGGGGAAAACUAUGUCAAUGAACUAUCUGAGAAGUCCAUUGCCCCAGAGAUCCAAUCAGAAUGCAAGGAUAUAAAAUGGCAUUUUAUAGGACAUCUUCAAAGUAAAAAAGCAGGAGCAUUAGUCUCAUGUCCAAAUCUCUUUAUGGUGGAGACAGUGCAUUCAGACAAAAUUGCCAAUGUAUUGAACAGACAGUGGGAGUCCAAAAAGAAAGAGGGGAAGCUAAAAGUGAUGGUACAGGUCAACACAAGUAAUGAGGAAAACAAAUCAGGGUGCAAUCCAGAUGAAGCAGUAAACAUUGUGAAAAACAUCAAAGAGAAUUGCCCCAACCUAGAGUUUACAGGACUGAUGACCAUUGGGUCGUUUGAUCAUGACCUAUCCAAAGGGCCCAACCCCGAUUUUUUGAAAUUAUCAGAAUGUCGAAACAAAGUAUGUGAGGAAUUAAAACUCAAUAAGCAAGAAGUGGAACUCAGCAUGGGAAUGUCAGGCGACUUUGAACAUGCAAUUGAACUAGGAAGUACCAAUGUACGGGUGGGAUCCACCAUAUUUGGAGCAAGAGAACCUCCUAACAAAACGAGCGGAAAUUCUGCCUCGUCAUCAGGGGUCAAGGGCAGUUCUGGGUCAACAAACAAAGAAUCUAAUGUCAAGGACAAAGAUGUGUUGAAAGCCAGCAAUGAACUUAAUGAAAUGUCUCUAGCUAUGUAAUAUUCUAGCAGUAUUUGUUUUUCAGGUGCUACAGUAUUAUUUCCAAGCUUGAUCAACUGUGUUGGGAAAAAUUGUGUGUGGGGUGGUUUUUUUGUAUGUUUAUGGAAUAACACAAUGGGUAAAUUAAAAUGAAUUGUACAUAAUAUAGAAAUAGGGCAUGUGACAUUGUAUAUUUAAUUGUUUGUAUGCCUGAAUAUGAACAGUUUUGUUUGCCAAUAGUCACUCUUGUUAUUCAGGAAAUGUUUAUUAUGUAUUUUAUAUGCAAAUAAUAAGUGGUUAUAGUGCUAGCUUAGAUUAUUGCACAUGAUGAAAUAAUAUUCUAUAUCAGACUUGCAGCUUG